ACACUCUCAGUCGCCUUGAAAAAUCCAUUGGCACAAAGAGGUCAAUAGGGAGGCACUGAUAUCCCUUGCACUCACGACAGCUGUAUCCUUAACUUUUCUGUUUCCACUACUCAAAAUCUACAACAAUGGGUGCCUCUCGCGCGGAAAAGGAGCUUUACUUUGUGAAGCUCCGGGAGCUCAUCGCCAAAUACGCUUCCAUCUUUAUUGUCAACGUUGACAAUGUCGGCUCCAACCAGAUGCAUCAGAUCCGUGUCGCGCUCCGCGGAAAGGGUGUCGUCUUGAUGGGCAAGAACACCAUGGUCCGCCGUGCGCUGCGCUCGAUCAUCGCUGAGAACCCCGUGCUCGAGCGUCUGCUCCCUCACGUCAAGGGCAACAUCGGUUUCGUGUUCACCAACGACGACCUUCCCGAGAUCCGCAAGAUCAUCGUCGCCAACGUCGUCGCUGCGCCUGCUCGUGCCGGUGCGUUCGCGCCCAAGGAUGUCACCAUCCCCGGUGGUAACACCGGCAUGGAGCCCGGAAAGACCUCCUUCUUCCAGGCCCUCGGUAUUCCGACCAAGAUUGCGCGUGGUACGAUUGAAAUCGUGUCGGACGUCAAGGUCGUCACCGCUGGGUCGCGUGUCGGCCCGUCCGAGGCGACGCUGUUGAACAUGUUGAACAUCUCGCCGUUCACAUACGGUAUGACGGUCGUCCAGAUCUACGACCAGGGCAACGUGUUCCCGCCGUCGGUACUCGACGUCGACGUCCAGGAGCUCGUUGACCGUUUCCUUGUCGGUAUCAAGACUAUUGCUGCGAUCUCGCUGGCGGUCAAGUACCCCACCAUCGUAUCCGUCACCCACUCGUUGGUCAAUGCGUACAAGAACCUCAUCGCCGUCUCGCUGGCCACCGAUUACACGUUCGAGGGUGCCGAGAAGGCCAAGGAGUACCUCGCCAACCCCGAGGCGUUCGCUGUUGCUGCCGCGCCUGCCGCUGCCGCUGCCGCCGAUGCUGCCCCCGCUGCCGCUGAGGAAGCCAAGGAGGAGGAGAAGGAGGAGUCCGACGAUGAUAUGGGCUUCGGUCUGUUCGACUAGAGGAGGCUGUGAUGGUGCUUCCUCGAUAUUAUCCAUUGUAUAUCUGACACUGGAAUCAUGAGAUGCAUGCCCAACGUUGGAC